UCUAUCUUUCUUGAGCCAUUUUCAUCUAUUUCUCUCUCAUCCUUUCAUUUUCUCCUCUCUCUCUCUCUCCUCAUCAGGCAUUUCCUGCGCCUAAAUACCAUGCCGGUGUUGCGAUCAGGAACCAUUACAGAAGCCGUUGUAAAAGAAUCUCCAAACCCUAAGAUUGAACCAAUGACGCCAGUCCAACCUGACCAGAAGCUCCGAACCCAUGCUGCAUCCCCUUCUUCCCUGUCAGAAUCAGGGUUAGGGCUUGGCCUUAGCCCUAAUGGCAAUUAUACAAUCAGCGGCCCUUUCUUGCGGAGGGCAAGGCGAAACUUAGAGUCAAGGUCAGGUUUGAGUGCUGGCCCUGAUGAGGAGAAAGAUAAUACGAGUUCAGGAUCAUGGUUAGCGUUAGGGAUUGGGUUUUCCACCUGCUCUGGUUCUAAACCAGUUAGGAAGAGUGCAAGGCUUGCUCCUAAGUUAGGUUUGGAUGGACGAGAUAACAUAUAUAAUGGCGAUGAAAGUACCAAGAAAUCGGGUGUUAAGAGAUUACUGGUUCAAGAUUCAAAUGAGCGCCUAAAGAAAUCGAGAAAGGAAGAAGCUUGGGAUCAAAAUUUAUCUGGCUCUGAAUUGUUGGAGACGAAAGGUGUGGAGUCUCUGAAUUCCUUAGGAACUCUUUCUGAAAUUGCUAGAAAUGUGAAAGAGUUUGAAGAGAGACUGGAAAAUCAACAGAAAAAUGGAGGAUCAGGAUUUGAGAAACCAGUUGAUGAUGUUACAGAAACAAGUGGUUCAUGCUCCAAAAGGGCCAAAAGGUCUAGAGAUAAAGGGAAAGCUGUAUUAGAUUCAGGCCACAUUGGUUCAUGCUCAACAAGGCCCAAAAGGUCUAGAGAUAAAGGGAAAGCUAUAUCAGAUUCAGGCCACAUUGCUGUAAGUUUUCCUGGGUUCACUCAUUUUAAUCAAGAGAAUGAAAGAAGCCAAAACCAGGAUAUCCACAGUGGUUCAGUUUUGGGCAAGGCCAUUGAUAAUCCACUUGUGAUUCUUAUCGAAGAUGAACCAGAACACGAGCAGAUACGACAAGAAUCAUGGAUUGAUGGUUCAAAUAAUGAAAAUGAAAUUCUGUUUGAUAAUCCCAAAUGGAAUUCAAGGAGAGAAGCAAAUCGUCAAGUUGCUCGUUCAGUUGCAGAGAGAUUCGCUCGAUUCCAACCAGAGAUAGAAGAAGUAGAAAGAGAAGAUCACAAAGAAGGAGAAGAAAAUUGGCCAGGGCCUUUCAGUACAGCCUAUGACCUUCUGGAUAAGAGAGAAACUGAACUGGAAGCUCGAAAACAGAGGCUUGCUAGCCGUAAAACCUCAGGGCCCUCUUUGAUCAACUGGGUUCCUUCUAAUAAACAAGAAGCCCGGGUCUCGAAGCCCCCAUCGCUGGAACAACUAUGUUUUGGGGCUUUGAGCAAGAAUUUGGAAGCCGUUGCUUCCCUGGAAAAUUGGUCGAAUUUUCCUGAAUUGUUCAGGAAUAAGUUCAGUAAAGCAGCCCACAAGUCUCGGAAAAUGAAUUCAAAUAUUAUGGGGCUGCUUUUCAGUGGGUGCCCAUCUGAAAUUAGGGUUUGGGAUUGUUCUCUAGUGACCCAAGAGGAACUUCAAAGCAUUCUGGGAAAUUUUAAUGGUGAAGAAUUGAAGGUUCUUCAAUUUGAUUUUUGUGGGCGAAGCAUGACAGAUGGUCUUUUGCAGUCUAUAACCACUGGUUUUCCUUUGUUAACUAAUAUUUCUAUUCGUGGAGCAUACUGUCUUUCUGACUCUGGACUAGAUUCACUGGUUUCCUCUACUCCUUCACUGAGGUCUAUAAAUUUGAGCCAAUGCUCUUUCCUUAGUGAAGUGGGUAUUCAGACUUUAGUGGUUAAGUUGGGAUCUGUAUUGAGGGAAUUGUAUAUUGAUGAUUGUGACCAGUUCGAUGCAAAGGCAAUCCUUCCGUCAUUAAAGAAGAUAGAGAAUUUGGAAGUACUUUCAAUUGUGGGAUUGCAAAAUGUUUCGGACAGAUUCAUCAGUGAGUUGAUGCUGUCUCAUGGUUGUUGCCUGAAGGAGCUUGGACUUGCCCGUUGCAGAGAGUUGACUGAUAAGUCCAUUGAAUACAUCGCAGCGUAUUGCAAUGGAUUGCGUGCUCUCAACUUGGAUAACUUGCUGAAGCUAACUGACUUGGCCAUCACCUCUCUUACGCAUGGUUGCACCUCAUCACUCGAAAAGUUGACUCUAGGCCAUGGUGUUUUCAGCGAUGAAGCAGUUUCCACCUUUGUUGAAACACGUGGAAAUUCUUUGAAGGACCUUUCGCUGAGUGGAGUUAAGCAGGCUGGUGAACAAACUGCAUUGGCCAUGUCGAGAUGUUGCACAAAGAAGUUGCAGAGGCUCGAUGUGUCAUGGUGCCGGGAGAUGACGGAUGAGGCUCUUGGUUUGAUUGCGGAUUCAUGUUUAUAUCUGCAAGAGCUGCGACUAUUUGGCUGUACUGAGGUUACAGCCAAGUUUCUGAAUGGCCACUCAAAUCCUAAUUUGAGAAUCAUUGGGAUGAAUGAGCCCUUAUUCAAUUAUCCUCCAUCCAUGUGGGAAUCUGGUGAAUACUACCCUAACCCCCUACCCUCCUCCCUCCUCUCUCUCUCUCUCUCUCUCUCUCUCUCUCGGAAUAGCCACUGCUGUGAAUGAGCCCUUUGUUCAAACAUCCUCCAUCCAUGGGGGGAUCUGGUGAAUUUUGAGCACCCACUCCCCCUCCUCUCCUCUCUGUCUCUCUAGAGCGGGCUCUCUCUCUCUCUACAGUAAUGUGGCAGUCGGGAACCAACAACCUACAAAUUAAUGUUACUUUUUCAACUUGCAUGAAGACAAGCGUGUCCGCAUGUUUGAAUGCAGCAUACAUGCUCUUAUUUAUCCAAAUCUUGGUAUUUGUCUGUUGUCGUGAAGUAUGUGGUUAUAUGUAAUCACUUACCCCUUUUUUUUUAUUUGUUAUAUGUAAUUGUACGAAGUAAUCUACGCAAUAGAUUGCAUUGAUGUUAAGGUUUC